UCCUCACCUCACUCCUCCUCUGGUAGUGGGCGAGCCGACCCCUGUUACUCAGCCCCGGAAGUGAUCGCGGUGUGCCGGUGUUAGAGUCGGCGACAGCGAGCAGCGGCGGCAGCGCGGGUUUGGGGAGCGGGGAGCGGGGCCGCGCCGACUCGGCAGCCCCGGGGGCAGAGGACGCUCCGGUCCGGUCCGGCUCAUUGAGGCGGCCGCAGGUGCACACCGCGCUCUGAUCGCCCGAGGGUCCGGCAUCAAACCAUUCCCGACCUGGGAGGGGGAAGGGUGUCGAGCCUCGGUACCUCGGCCAUCGCCUCAGCGCCGACCCUUCCCUGUCCCUCCCGUUCCGCCGGCAGAGCCGCUUCACGUCCUCGGUGGCCGGGCCCAUGUUUCCCUCCCUCCCCUCCGGGAGUCUCUCUCUCCGGCGCUGUGAGAGAUUGGCUCAUACUGGCAGACUUGCAUCAGAUAUCCCGAACAUUCAAUCGACUGAAUUUGAAAGAAGAUCUGAAUGGCCAAGGUGAUCAAGAUAUAGGUAGCUCCUUUCAGUGCACCUGUUCUGUCUUUUGGUGUGCUCACAAGAUGCCUGUUAAGAAGAAGAGAAAAUCUUCAGGAUCAGAAGAUGCCAGCAUGAAAAAAUGUAGAAUAAGCAGUUUCUGUAGAGUACAGACGCCAUCUAGAUUAAUAAGUGAUGACAGUUUUUCAAGCAAAAAGUGCCUAGCUUGGUUUUAUGAAUAUGCAGGAACAGACGAAGUUGUUGGUCCUGAGGGGAUGGAAAAAUUUUGUGAAGAUAUUGGUGUGGAGCCCGAAAAUAUUAUCAUGUUAGUAUUAGCAUGGAAGCUGGAGGCUCAAAACAUGGGGUUUUUCACUAAAGAAGAGUGGCUAAAAGGAAUGACGUCAUUACAAUGUGACUGCACAGAGAGGCUACAGAGCAAGUUUGAUUAUUUGCGCUCGCAACUCAAUGACCUAUCAGCUUUCAAACAAAUUUACAGAUAUGCCUUUGAUUUUGCUAGAGAUAAAGACCAGCGUAGCCUUGAUAUUGAUACUGCAAAGUCUAUGUUAGCUCUGCUCUUAGGAAGAACGUGGGCUCUGUUCUCUGCCUUCUACCAAUUUUUGGAGCAAUCAAAAUACAGAGUUAUGAAUAAAGAUCAAUGGUUCAACGUGUUGGAAUUCAGCAGAACUGUACUCGCAGACCUUAGCAACUAUGAUGAAGAUGGUGCAUGGCCUGUUCUGCUUGAUGAAUUUGUUGAGUGGCAGAAAGCAAGGCAAUCAUCGUAACAAGAUGGAGGGAAAGAGAACUAAGGGAGAGCAAUAAUGCUUUGCUAUCCAACCAAACUACAUCUUUAAUUAUGAAAUGGAAAGUAUUUGUCAAAAGCCAUCUUUUAUGCUAGCUACAGACUUUUCAGUGUUACAAGAGGGGAGAAGGUUUUCAAGUUGCAUCUAUACUAAGCAUUUUAUUAUGUAUUCAUCAACUAUGGCACCCGAUGUUAAGAUUUUGUCCAGUCUUAAGUCUUAAUGCUUUUGACAAUAUCUGUUUAUAACUUCAUACGUACUUUGAUGAAGCACAUUAAAAAUUAUAGGUUUUCAUUAGAAACAGAAACUAUUUUCAUGUGACUGAAAGAUGAAAGGCCUUGAAGUGUAUGGAUGCAUUUUUCAGUUGUUGGAAAGUAUGCUAUUGUACCAGACGUUUGCCAUUCUGGUACUGUACCAAAAACUUACUGAACCUCAUCAUAUGUUAUUGUAACUAUAUAGCACCUUUUCUGUGAUAUAGUAUAUCAAUGGGUACUGGUGCUGUUCUAGGACUGUGAGCUCAGGGUUAAUGGUAAUGACAGUAGCACCACUGCUAAUCCAUGUAACAGAGGAUUACAUGUGAUGCAAAUGUAUAUUUAAACUUGUUCAUUUACAUUGUUAAGGUAUCCACAGAUCUGCCCAAUUUCAAAAGCUUUAUUUUAUACCCUUUAAGAACAAAAUGGAAUAUGGUCAUAUAAUUAUAAAUUAGAGUGGGGAGAAAGUAUAAUCAGAACCGCAUGAAAUGGAAUUCUUCAGCGAGUAAGCAUGUGGUUUUGACUAGUUUUUAGCACUAGGAGGUAACUUGCCACAAUUGGCCCACUGUACUAAGUACAUUUUUAGAUAAUACAAUAUCAAAUAUUUCAUUCUCCAGGGUUGAAGCCUGUAAAUUAGCUUGAAUUCUGAAUACUGAACUCAAAUACUGAAUACUAAUAUGAUCAGUGAAAGCUUUUGUACAAAGGUGAUACUGUGGGACCUUCAAUUUAAAAGAAAAUUCAUGCUCAUUAGCAUCUAAAGUUGAAAUAUUGACAGUGAAGCCCUUGUGUAUAUAGAAUGUAUGAUCUAAAUACUUCAAAUUGAAAAACUGAACUACAAGUGCAGUGUGGUUUUGUUUUUUUGUUGUUUUUUUUUUUUUUUUACCCUUCGGUACUUCAGAUUCAAGCAGAUCCUUACCAACUCCUAAACUUAUUUUUUGCUGAAGGUAUUGUGGCGACUUAAUGUGUAAGAAGGAACUGCAGAUGCUGGUUUAAACCAGAGAUGGACACAAAAAGCUGAAGUAACUCAGCGGGCCAGGCAGCAUCUCUGGAGAGAAGGAAGGGGUGACAUUUUGGGUCGAGACCCUUCUUCAGACCAGUCUGAAGUUACUCCAGCUUUUUGUGUCUAUCUUGCGGCGACUUAAUUGCUAGAACAGUAUGGCAAGUUCAGAAACAAUAAAAGCUACUGAUUUACUGUUCGCUCAAAGGCCCACAAAGUUAAAUGUCGAGUGGUGUUUUGGGAUGCACUUUACAUGGUUCUGUACAUCCUAGUGACAGUUAAUAUUCAAAAGUAAUGUGUAUCUGAUUUUUUUUUUUUUUUCACAAGUUCACAUUUUACAAUUGUCUUACAAGGUCUUACAGAUUUGUAAUUGAGUUCUUUGGCCUGAAAGUGCAAAGGGCCAAAACACAGGAUUGCUCAACUUUAAGAACCAAUUGGUAAAAUCCUGUAUGACCUCCAUCCACCUGUUUACACAAGAUAAGCCAUUAUGAACCCUCUGCUGGAGUGAGCAUUCAAUUUUUGAUCUAUACCAAUGCCAUCAUACUCUGUCCCUCUCAGUAAAAGUUAUUAAUGUGAAUGAGGCUAGUUGCUGCAGAAUCAGUUACUUGAAAAGUUUUCUUUUUAAACUGCUAAAUGAUUUAUUGUGACAGUUUGUCUGAAAUGAUAUAUGUUCCUUCUCUGCGGCUAGUUCUUCCCACUUGUAAAGUAACCAACAACAAUUGAAUGAAGUUUAGCUUUUGUAGCACUGUGGAUCUUUAAACAAAUAUAAUUGUUUUUGUGAAAAAAAUCCUUUGGUACAGUAGGAUAAUUAUUAAGAGUAUAAAAAAAACUUAUCAAAUCUUCAGUAAAUAUUAUGUGGUUGUUUUCUUAAAGGUACAAGGGACGGUUUAAAAUAUAUUAUUUUUAAUUUUUGAUUUUUUGAUAUGUUUGAUAUAUUUCUACCCUCUGACGAUGUUAUUUUUUAAUGUCACCAAGAAACUAGUGCAUCAAUGUCUGCUCUAGAGGUCUCUUCCCAUUGUAACUGCCAAGUUUGGCAAAUGGCAGUCUUUCCCAUGCAGUUGCAGUUUUGAACUUUUCAGACUUCAGUGUUAACAAUGUGAUGCCGAAAAGUCAGAACAUUCUUGAGAUUCCUUGUGGAGCCUGCUAUUUAUGACACUCAAAAGCUUUCUGGUGAGGAGACAUGAGCUAACAGAUCUUGGUCUAGAUGAUGCACAAUAAAGCAAAAGCAUUU